AUGCGGGCAGCCUACCACGGGCACGGCACACCCUGGGGCUCGUCGGCGGGGAGUGUCCCCUUCGCCAUGCAACGUGGUAGGGCGUCACCCGACGUGCUUGCACACGUGCAGCGUGCCGCCGCGCUCAUGGAGGCGGACGUGCUGGCCCUCCCGGUCUCUGCCGACAAGAGGAGCGGACACGUCAACCGGGAAGGCCACUACCACGGCCUCGGCAUUGCGUCGCGCGUCUGUGGUGCCGAGACGACGCCCAAGCCCGCCGCGCCAACCGGGCUGCGGGCGCUGCUGGCCUUUCUCCGCGCCCAGGCGACCCCUCCACUCCUCGCACGCCUCGGUCCGCUGGAGGCGUCGAGCCCGUUCGCAAGCCUCCUGAGCUCUAUUCUGCGCCGGGGUGGUCUCUUUGCGCACCUGUCGGUCCAGGUCCACUCGGGUGGGACAUGGGGUCCGGGAUGGCACGUAGACCACCCCGUUUCAUCACUCCACCUCGGCAUCGCUCUGCAUGGGCUGCGGACGCUGCAUGCCAACUGCAGCGGCGGCGCAUUCGCGCGCUGCCCCAUCGCGGCGACAACACAGCCAGCGGGAAGCAUAUACUUUUCUUCCCCUGCCGCGUUUCAACACGGCGUUGUCUACCCCGAGCAUAGGGGCGGUAGCUUUGCCGAGAGCAUCGUCGCCGUGCAAGCGCGUCUCCUGUCAAACAGCAGCGGCGAAGCCUUCCGCCUCGACUCGGCUAAAAUGGGCCGCGAUGCAAGGACGACAUUUGCCGCAGUGGCCGAGGCGCUGCUGGCGAUCCCGCUCAAGCUGCCCUCUCUUGAGGAGCUCCGUGCGGCUGAAUCCCUGCUUGCCGUUGAUGAAUCCUCGAUAGUUGCUGGGUACCGCGCGCCCGGAGAAGAAGCUUCAUGCCAGGCAGCGUCAGCACAUGAGGUGCGGCGGCGGUUGCCGCGGAAUAACGCGCAACGUGGCACGGCCGCAGGGGAAGAGCGAGAGGUCGCGGGGAUCGGCGCGUCUUCCCAGCACCGAUGGGGCCGGAUGUGA